GUGAGUGCGGCUCCAUAUUGGAUCUGCCUCUUCUUAGAAAUACAUUACACUGAAGCGGUCUGCUUGCGCAUAUUGUUCCGCCGCACGGCUGGCUCCGCUCAGGUAUGAGGGAUGUGACCGACAAACCGCGCUGUCACGAACAAAUGUUGUUCAGAGCUUUUGUUUCACACACCGGCGUCAUUCCCGCAGUUUUUAACGGGGCUAAGAAAUUAGGUUAAAGGCGCACCUGAAGACCGGAGCGAAAAGUGGCAUGCAGGCUGAGGAAGAAAUAAUUGGAUUGAGAUAACCACACACCGGCAGUAAUGAUGUUCACACUCACCGAGGUCGCAUCCUUGAACGACAUCCAGCCGACGUACCGCAUCCUAAAGCCAUGGUGGGAUGUCUUCAUGGACUACCUGGGCCUGGUCAUGCUCAUGCUGGCCAUAUUCGCCAUGACCAUGCAGAUCACCAAGGACCAGGUGGCCUGCCUUCCUUGUUUGGAGGACCCAGAGGAGGCCUCAGGACCCAAACCCCACUCGUUCCCCCAGCCGAGUGCAAGCGACCCAGCCUCAUCUCCAGCCACCGGGGCCCCUGUGGCAACCACCAUCCCAUUAGUCACCAAGGACUUACCGGACGAAGCCGUCCACGAGAUCCACGUUACACAGCAACACACUGCUGUGUUUGCGGAGAAAUAUGCCAAUCAACCUCAACCAACGGGGGUCAGGACCAAUCUAGACUAUCAACAAUAUAUCUUUAUUAACCAAAUAUGUUACCACAAUGCCUUGCCCUGGUACUCCAAGUACUUUCCAUACCUCACUCUCAUCCACACAAUUGUUCUCAUGGUCAGUAGCAACUUCUGGUUCAAAUACCCGAAAACAAGCUCAAAGAUUGAACAUUUUGUUUCUAUUCUGGGAAGAUGUUUUGAGUCUCCAUGGACUACGAAGGCUUUGUCCGAAACAGCUUGUGAGGACUCAGAGGAGAACAAACAGAGGAUGACCGGCACCUCUUCGGUACCAAAGCAGGUAUCUUUAGAGGGGAAGGACGAAACUGUCACCUCAUCCACACCCAUGCUUGGGGUGAAGUUUUCUGCAGAUAAGCCUAUCGCUGAGGUCCCAAGCAGUAUGACAAUCCUGGACAAAAAAGACGGGGAACAGGCUAAAGCCUUAUUCGAGAAGGUGAGAAAAUUCAGAGCUCAUGUCGAGGACAGUGAUUUCAUCUACAAGCUUUAUGUAGCGCAGACCAUCGUCAAAACGGUCAAGUUUAUUUUGAUAUUGUCCUACACUUCAACCUUUAUGGCUGAGAUUAAUUUUAAACACAGCUGUAAACCUGAUAUUAAACAGUUAACAGGGUACAGAGAGUUCUUUUGUACGCACAACAUGGCUUUCAUGCUAAACAAGCUGCUCAUUAGUUACAUGGCUCUGAUUUUGAUCUAUGGGAUGGCGUGCCUGUACUCUCUCUUCUGGGUGUUUCGGCGGCCUCUGAAAGAGUACUCGUUCGAGAAGGUCAGGGAAGAGAGCAGCUUCAGUGACAUUCCUGACGUCAAAAAUGACUUUGCAUUCCUCUUGCACAUGGUUGACCAGUACGACCAACUCUACUCUAAGCGCUUCGGUGUCUUCUUGUCCGAGGUCAGCGAAAACAAGCUGAGGGAGAUCAGCCUCAAUCACGAGUGGACCUUUGAGAAGCUAAGGCAGCUUGUGACCCGUAACGCACAGGACCAACAGGAGCUGCACCUUUUCAUGCUUUCUGGACUCCCGAAUGCAGUGUUUGACCUCACAGACCUGGAGGUGCUUAAACUGGAGCUGAUUCCCGAGGUGAGGUUCUCGGCAAAGGUCUCCCAGAUGACCAGCCUGCAGGAGCUGCAUCUCUGCCACUGCCCCGCCAAAGUAGAGCAGACAGGUUUUGCUUUCCUCCGCGACCAUCUUCGCUGCCUUCACGUCAAGUUCACUGAUGUUGCAGAGAUCCCAGCUUGGGUGUAUUUGCUAAGGAGUUUGAGGGAGCUGAACUUAAUCGGCAACUUGAGCUCAGAAAAUAACAAAAUGAUCGGUCUAGAGUCCAUGCGGGAUUUGAGGCAUUUAAAGACAUUAUGCCUGAAGAGCAACCUCACUAAGAUGCCCACAAAUAUCACAGAGCUUUCACCACAUUUGAUUAAAUUAGUAGUGCACAAUGAUGGUACAAAACUGCUGGUACUAAAUAGUCUGAAAAAGAUGACAAGUCUGAUUGAACUGGAGCUGUACAGCUGUGAACUGGAGAGGAUUCCCCACGCUAUUUUCAGCUUGACCAACUUACAGGAGCUCGACCUGAAAUCCAACAACAUCCGAACCAUAGAAGAGAUCAUCAGCUUCCAGCACCUCAAGAGGCUGACGUGCCUCAAACUGUGGCACAACAAAAUAAUCACCAUCCCGUCCUCAAUCGGGCAGGUCAAGUCUCUGGAGUCUCUGCACCUCUCGCACAACAAACUUGAGUCCCUGCCUCCAGCCUUGUUCACUCUACCUAAACUGAGGCACUUGGACGUGGCCCACAACUCCAUCAUGGUGCUGCCUCCAGACGUCGGCCUCCUCCACAACCUCCAGCACUUAGCCAUCAACUCCAACAAGCUGGAGGUGCUGCCCAAGCCCCUGUUCAGAUGCACCAAGCUGAGGGUGCUUUGUCUGGGGCACAAUGCGCUCACCGUGCUGCCGGAGGCCGUGGGUCAGCUGGUCCAGCUCACUCAGCUGGAGCUAAGAGGAAACUGCCUGGACAGACUGCCCGCUCUGCUCGGAAACUGCCGCAUGCUGCGCAAAAAUGGCUUGAUUGUGGAGGACCAUCUCUUCGACACACUACCUGUGGACGUUAAGGAGAGCAUCAGCCGAGAGACCAACGUGUCCUUUACGAGUGGCUUAUAGCACAAAAACCACAACGCACACUGGCCUGCAGCUCUCCUGGUUCAUAACAUGCCUGUAUAAUGGAUGGACUUUUUACUAUUGUAAUAUCCAUAAAAAUGAAUGCAUUCACUUGAUUAUUUUAAUAGGUUUUAUUAGAUGCUUAUGUAUUAAAACAAUACAGAUUGCUUUUUGUUGCUGAGUAUGUAUCUAAUUCAGCAGUUUGUUUUUGGCAUUUAGAUUUUUUCAUAGCUUUGAUAAAAUAUUAGAAAUUUAGCUUCUCUAUAGACCAAAACUGUUUGUUCCACUGACACGUUAUGUAGAUUUAUUGUUAUUGUUUUAGGUACUCAGGUAUAAUUGUUACCAUGGGGAACAAUCUUUUGCCUUAACUGCUGCUAUUUUUUUACAGUGAGGGCUUUCACAAACUUAAGGCCAAAUAUAAAUAUUUCAUGUUUUCUUGUCAUUUUCCAAACUGUCUUUAUCAACAGAGAAAUUUCUUUAUGUUAUGGAAACAGACAAUGCAAUGGUAUUUUCUUGGUAGUAUUUUAACUUUUGUUUAAAUCAUGUAACUUUUUAUUUUCCUUGAUGUCUUGUAACAGAAUAAGUUUAGAGUUGUAAAGAGUUGAUGGAGACUAAGCACCAGAAAUGAACCUUUACCUUACUGUUGUAGAGAUUGUACACUAAGGCCUAUAGUAAUUCAUUUGCACAAUGAAAACGUAAUUAUUUAAAUAUGGGUGAAUGUCCUUUGUGAUAACAUGCUCUCAACCAGUGUGAGCUGAUAAAAGGGAAAUCUGUCGACUGUCUUUUUUUAAAUCAGGCUUUUAAAAUGUGUGAUAAAAGUGGUCACAGGUACGAAUGAUCAUCCUAUAUGUCAGAAUCAUGUAAUGACGAUAAGCAUGUCUGCCUCCUUUCUUCUCAAUGUAUUUCUGUGUAGGCCUCUCGUACAUGUGUUCCUAGGAGCUGCUGUACCACCUCGGUGAUCCUAUGCUCAAAGUUCACAACUUUAUGGCACAAUAAAACAAGAUUUUAGAUGAA